ACUUCAGCAUUUGUCUGUGUCCUCUCGACACACUUCUUCACAGAGAGGGCACUAACUACGCAGAGCUGUUCUCAUCUGAACUUUAAGUAUUUGGAAUAUGGACAACAGCGGAAUGUUGAACACACAAUGACAGAACGAAGCGAUCAUGAACUUUAUGAGGACCGCAUAUUGUACACGUUCAGUUCAAGGGAAUAAACGGGAGUGACCAGGAGGAAAAGAAAAAGAGAAAAAAAGAGAUACGACUCUCCAGCAGAGUUUAUGUGCAAGAAGAAACAAGAGCGAACAUUUCCUUUAUGGACUUCAAUGACUGGGACUGAGGACCACAAAGACCACCAUGACAAAAAACAUCUCCGCCCUGUCUGCGUUCCAGACUCCAAACAGCUCUUUUUCUCUCAUAAAGACCGGCGAGAUGAACGUCACCACGACCCAACCAACCUGCGUGGAUUACGCCUCACUGCAGAGCCUGUUGGCGGUGCUCUACACGAUAAUCUUUGUCCUGGGUCUCGUUGGGAACCUGGUGGCUCUGUUGGUCUUCUUCUGCGUCCACGCCAAGAAGAACUCGGUGCGGGUGUUUCUCAUAAACAUUGCUUUUGCCGACCUGCUGCUGGUGGUGUGUCUGCCAUUCAGGAUACUCUACCACAGCCAAGGCAACGUCUGGACCCUGGGUCCCACCUUGUGUAAAGUGGUGGGAAACCUCUUCUACAUGAACAUGUACAUCAGCGUCACGCUGCUGGGGUUGAUCAGCGUGGACCGCUACCUGAAGAUCCAUCGAGGCUCGAGGGUGCAGCACAGGCUGCGGUCCACCAGGUGGAGCACUGGCCUCUGUGCAGUGGUCUGGAUCGUGGCCUUCGCUUUGACUUCUGUGUUCCUGAUGUCAAAGAAUCACUCACAGUUGGACAGGUGUUUCCACUACAAGGUGCUCCAGAAGGCGAAGUGGAAAGCCUACGUCAACAUGGGCAUCCUGGCCGUCUUCUGGCUCGUCUUCAUCUCUCUGGUGGUGUCUUAUGGGAAGAUCGCCCUCAAGCUUCUGAGAGCGUCGCAGGAGAAACCGGACCUGCCCAAUGCCUCCCUCUACACCCGAACUGCCAGGAAGUCCUUCUUCAUCCUCUUCCUCUUCACGGUCUGUUUCGUCCCCUAUCACAUGGUCAGGGUGUUCUACAUAAAGACCCAGAUCACAGACACGUCGUGUUUCUGGCGGGGCGUUGCCGACAAAGCCAACGAGGUGGCUCUGCUGUUUUCGGCCCUCAACAGCUGCCUGGACCCCGUUAUGUACUUCCUGUUAUCCUCUUCGGUGAGGAAGGAGGUGCUGCGCCUGGUGGGCAACAUGUUUUGUAUGCGCGAUGUCGGUGGAGUCAGCGGGAGCAGCUCCAGUGUCGAGCUGGACGGCAAGAGCGGGCGGGCGAGCAGAGGGCCGGCCGCCAUCAGCUUCAGCAGCCAUUUGAAGGAGAAGACAACGACUGAAUCCAGCCGAGCCGGAAUGUGA